AUGAAAUAAGAGAGAGUAGUUAACAAUUUUUUAAGGAGUGUUACUAUUUUGUGUCAUUUAUCUAAUAACAGCUUGAAUAAAAUAUAACAAAAUUUGGAAAAGAAGACAUACUAAAAAGGUGAAAUAGUUGUUAAUGAAGGCUAAUCUUUAGAUUAUAUCUAUCUCAUAUUUGAAGGAGAAUUUGUGAUUAAUAAAAAAAUAGAUGUUGUCUUUUAAAUAAGUGAACUUGAAAGCAAAAAGGAAAGCAAGAAAGUUAGUGUGGUCUAAAUUUCUUCAUCUCACUUUUUCGGUUGCUAAGAAUUAAUUUAGAAUAUUCCAUCAUAAUUUUAACUAGUGGCUCAUACUGAUCAAUGUAUAGCUUAUUUGAUCCCAAAAAAAGACUUAUUCAAUUUAAUAACCUUUGAAGAAGAGCAUCUUAAAAGAGUGGUUAAGAUCUGCGAUGCAUGGAAUUAAUUUCUAAUUGACUUGGUUACAAAAGCUUAGAAAUUGAUUGUGAGUAAAAAGUAAUUCUUAGUAUAAAAUAAGCUACAAAUUAAAGAAGCUGAAAAAAUUUAAAAAAUUAAAGAAGCGAAAGUCUUAAACAGAUUCCUACCAGAGAUAUGCUCAGAAACACCAAAAAAUAAAAAGAUAUCUUAAGCCUAAGAUGUAACUUCUUUAAAGCAUACAUUGAAUGAACUUCUUCCAUCUCGUAUCAAAGGCAUUAAAAGUAUGGCUAAUCUAUAGUAAAAAUCUGAUAUUUUUUCUGAGGAGUUUUAUCAAAAAACAAACAAUCAAGAGAGAGCCAAAUUAGAUUAAGUUCGUUAUGAUAAAUAGCUUGUGAAUUUUAAUUUAUAAAACAGAUCAAAUAUCAUUUAUAAUAAAGUAGAAAUAUUUGCCUACUCUAAGAACGAUGAAAAUAUCAUCAGUUAACCUCGUGCUUACAAAAAUGAGCUUAUUAAAAAAAUAAACAAAGCUAAGUAACAAGAAGGAGAAGAUUUAGGUUAAGUCACGCCUAAAUAAAUUACAUCACCAAAACAUGAAAAAUAUUUUAAAAGUAUUGAUAAAAGGCUUUGUGAUCUUAAAAAUAAAUAUUCUGGUUCUCAGAACUCUCUUAAUUCAUACCUAACUUUAGAUUCUCCUAAAAGUAUAAGUAAUAUAAAUGACUACAGCAAAUAUAUUGAUCAACCUAAUUCAAUCUUUCACUCACCAAAAUAUAGAUCACUUAAUUUGGGAUUUACUUCAAUUAAAUAACCAAAAUCAAUAAUAAUAUAAAAAUCAAAUAACAAAACUAAUAAUCAAUCAUCUCUCACCAGUAUAAAUGUAUCUCCUUAUUCGACACCACUUUGA